GUCCAGCCAAUUAGCAUCGGCCUUCGCUAACAUUGCCUUACAUAAUGCGACAAUGCGACACGUUGUACGAGGUACCUGCGUACCCUAUGUGAUUCGAGGAAGAUGCGGAUCUACGGAUAAUCACGGUGGAAAGCUUGAGCUUCCCUCGUUCCCGCGCUUCUCAUAACUUCCAAUACCACACGACCACUCUUCUCUCUCCCUUUUGAAUGAACCCAUCUACCGAAAAUCUCCUCGUCUUGUGCUAUCCACCUUUGUUUUCCAUCUACCUUGACACUAUUGACCGGGUGCUUUCGUUCCCCCCACCACGUUAAUCAUGUUCAACUGGGCAAAGCAAACUUUGGCGAAUGUCGUGGGCACGGAAGAGCCCUUGUACGGGCCUUCGGCCAUCAAGUCUGUUGCCGAAGAUGCGAAGACGACGCCGUACACGGAGCUGAAGAGGGAGGAUCUCAGAUGGGCGGCGAUGGACUCGACCUGCGUCGAGACCCAGAGCUUCUACUUCAUGUCUGACAGCGGCAAUCUUGCCUUUACCCAGGUCAUCUAUAGCAACGUGGCCGGCAUUCGCACAACUUGCCAGUUCAACUCGAAGAUCUUCUAUCCCGACGGCUCCAAGCCCCACCUGUGGAGCUCAACCCCCUUGAGCAACAUCGAGUUCAGUGAUGACAAGAACAACUUCUAUGCCAAAGACUGCGCCUUAGAGCUGUCCGAAGACGGAAAUACAUAUACUAUUAAGUCGAUGAAUGAUCCGCAGGCCAUCGUUAACCUCAAGUUGACGAAGAUAGCACCGGGCUUUGUCGCUGGAAAGGACGGCAAGACUCUAUUUGGCACAGACCUAGCCAACCCGUGGGGAUCUAUGCGGCACGCGUUCUGGCCGAGAUGCGUAGCGGAAGGCAGUAUCAUGACGAAGGAUGGCCCGGUUGACUUCAACGGCAGGGCGUUCUUUGUCCAUGCCCUGCAAGGCAUGAAGCCCCAUCAUGCGGCAGCUCGGUGGAAUUUUUGCGAUUUCCAGGGACCGACCCACUCCGCCAUCUUGAUGGAGUACACGACGCCACCAUCCUAUGGAGCAACCGUGGUGGGCGUUGGUGGACUCGCUAAGGAGGGCAAUGUCAUCGCUGCCGGAUGUAUAUGCAGUGCCACCCAUCUCAAGACCAAGCAAGACUCCGAGAAUGACUGGCCUGAACCCACCGAAAUCAAGUUCACUUGGUCCGGGACUACUAAAGAUGGAAAACCCGUCGAGGCAGUCAUAGAAGGCUCUCUAGGGGAUAGGAUUGACCGGAUCGAUGUCAUGGCCGAGGUCCCAGGCUUUGUCAAGAAGAUCGUGGCUGGGGCGGCAGGAACUAAGCCCUACAUAUACCAGUUUGCUCCGCACGGCACCCCAGUCGUGCUCAAACUCAAGAUUGGGGACGAAGAGAUCUCUGAGGAGGGACGGCUGUUUAGCGAAGCAACCUUCAUAUCUGCUAUAGAGUGACGGAGUUGCGCUUUUUCUCCAAGAUAGCGCGAGUGCCAGCACCAACGGACGCCCAGAAUGGAGUAGACGAGGGGUAGAUGUUGUCUACACGUACCCAGUUAAAGCGCAGUCGGCCACCUCGAGAAAAACAAGGUGGCCAGCGUUUGGUACCGCACUCGGCCUCUUGGCAAUUCCCGGCUUGGAUAUCACAGCCGAACUUCUCUCGGGCGCAUAUACUCUGGUGUUUAUACACCAAGGCUCAUGGUGGCUUGCCAUGGUAAAGCCAGUUGGGUUUGGUAACUUGGAUGUUAAACUUUAUAUUCCUAUCUUAAUGAACUAGAUAUCAAGACUAUAUAAAUCUAAUACAAUCGUUAACCUACGCC